CAGACUUGCAACGUCAAGUUCAUAAAACGCGGAAAGAGUACACGAGAGCCAAAGGCUUACCAUGAGGCCAUUGCGCGCUGCCAACAGCAUGCUACGCGGCAUUGCGACCGGCAGCGCGUCGCGCAGGACCACUUUGUUCGCGGUCCGACACCUGAGCAGGGCAAGGGCGGCACCCAUCUCCCACCACAUCAUCGUCACGAGCAGCACCAGCAACUGCACUAGCAUUAUUACCAGCCCCCCCACCAGCACCAGCACCAGUAGCAAUUGGCCAUGUCGUGGUGGCCCGCAGAGCCGGCUCUUUUCCCACACUCCUGCGUGCCAGAAGAAGAAAACAGCCAAGCAGGUUCUAAAACGACAAAAAAAGAACAAGCGGGAUGACGACGACGACGCCGACGACGACGACGCCGAGAACGACUCAUCAUCCUCUUCUUCCCAACCCAACAACGGCAGCCGGGCGGGGGAGGCGGACGGGCCGGACCCGUUCGACUUUGGCGACCUGCAGGCGGCGUUCGACCGGGCCGAGAAGCGCUUCGGCGAGGAGCUGAAGAAGCUGCGGGCCGGGGGGCGGUCCAACGCGGACGCGAUCGGGGCGAUCCCCGUGCAGCCGGACAAGCGGUCGCCGCAGACGACGUUCCCGCUGCGGGAGCUGGCGACGGUGGCGCCGCUGGGCGGGCGGCGGUGGAGCAUCCUGGCGUUCGAGGAGGCGUCGGUCAAGCCGAUCAUCAGCGCGGUGCAGCGGUCCGACGGGUUCGGCGGCCAGCAGCCGCAGCGGAGCGCCGACAACCCGCUCGAGCUGACCGUCACGGUCGAGCCCGAGCGCGCCGACGCCCUCGCCCGCCGCGCCAAGGACCUCUGCCAGGCCUGGCGCACCAGGGUCCGCGACGACGCCCACCGCCGCGCCGAGCUGCACAAGAAGUGGCGCGCCGACGGCCUCCUGCUCGCCGACGACCUCCACCGCCUCAAGGAGAAGCUCCAGAAGCUCCAGGACGAGCGCAUGAGGGGCAUCCAGGCCAAGGAGAAGGAGGUCGUCGCCGCCAUCAUGGCUAGGGGCUAACUAAGCCCGGAGGCGAGCAUUUUUCCUGGUUCAUCCCCGAGAAUUAAAAGAAAAAAAAACGCACACAGACACUAGAUCAAGGGGCAUGCAAGGAUAUGAGGUGUAAUAUCUAUUUGUGUGACUAGAUACCUUUUGUACAAAUAGCCGGAACGACCAAGAAAAAAAAUAAAUAAACAUGCGGCCACUGACGGUAUUGUUAC